CACGGGCAGUUACCAGCAACACGUUGCUUUUUGUGCGGAGUUAACCCACUAAAUUCGCGUCGCAGGAGGUUCAGAACUACUUAACUGGAGCAAAAUCGAAAGAUUUGGUCCGUCCAUCUUCAAGUGGUCAUUGUGUGCGUUGAAACUUCGGAGCCUACAUAGCUUAGCUUAGCUUGCGAACACAGAACAACGUGGUUCGACGCUUAAACACCAAGUUGGAGCCUCCUAAAGUGUGCAAAAUGCUCGCAAAAAGGACGCCGGACUUAAAGUUCGAGGCGGAACUUUGUGGCGCAAAAGAUCAGCGACAACAGCAACUCUCGACUGCUUGCAAGAUGCAAGGAAAAGUUGUGCCUCGCGGACUAGCAGAGCUAUACGUCAACCAAGCCCAUCGUCCUGAGCACCAGGAGUCUGCAUGCAUCAAAGAAGAGCAAGAGCCCGGACCCAUCCAAGCUUUUGGAAAAUGUCUUGGUGCUGAGCGGCAGGAGAUAGAAUCUCCCGGCGUUAAAGAGGAUGUUGAGCUCCAUCUAAUCAAAGAGGAGGAGGAGCCAGAGCCAUGUCAACAGAAGGAACUUCCAAUCAAAAAGGAGGAGGAUGAGCUGCCAGAGGAGAAAGGUAUCACCCGGACGACUGGUGACCCCUUGAAGAGUGAAGAUGGUCCGAGUGAGGCCAGCAGAGGGGCGGAGCCUCCGAGCGGCGGCAGCAGCUCAACAGAAAGAUUGCAAGCAGGCAUUUUUAUCGCUCCUUCAGGAAGAAAUGGCGCCAAGUCACACUCACCUUACAAUGAUGAUGGUCAUAAGAAAUCUCACCGUGAUGACAAACUCUGCAAAUGCUCUCAUUGUGGGAAAACUUUUGCUACUAACUAUCGUUGCCGUAGGCAUAUGAGGAUGCACACUAGUGAAAAACUUUUUUCAUGCUCAGUUUGUGGUCAAGGAUUCACAAAAAAAAAAACCCAAAAAACACACGAAAGAACCCACACUGGAGAAAAACCUGUCUCCUGCUUAGUUUGUGGUCAAGGUUUUACUCGCAAGCACACCUUAAAAAUACACGAAAGAUCCCACACCGGAGAAAAACCUUUUUCCUGCCCAGUUUGUGGUCAAAGAUUCGCUCAAAAGCAACACUUGAAAGUACACACAAGAACCCACACUGGCGAAAAACCUUUUUUCUGCUCAGUUUGUGGUCAAGGAUUCAGCCAAAAGAGCGCUUUAAAAACACACGACCGAACCCAUACUGGCGAAAAACCUUUUUCAUGCUCAGUUUGUGGUCAAGGAUUCACUCAAAAGCAAAAUUUAAAAAGACACGAAAGAACCCACAUCAGAGAAAAACCUUUUUCCUGCUCUUUUUGUGGUCAAAGAUUCAGUCAAAAGUGCAACUUAAAAGUACAUGAAACAACCCACACUUCAGACCAACCUUUUUCCUGUUCGUUUUGUGGUAAAAGAUUCAGUGACACGAUUACCUUACAAAUUCACGAAAGAAUCCACACGGGAGGAAAACCUGUCUCCUGCUUAGUUUGUGGUCAAGGUUUUACUCGCAAGCACACCUUAAAAAUACACGAAAGAUCCCACACCGGAGAAAAACCUUUUUCCUGCCCAGUUUGUGGUCAAAGAUUCUCUCAAAAGCAACACUUGAAAGUACACACAAGAACCCACACUGGCGAAAAACCUUUUUCAUGCUCAGUUUGUGGUCAAGGAUUCACUCAAAAGCAACAUUUAAAAAGACACGAAAGAACCCACAUCAGAGAAAAACCUUUUUCCUGCUCUUUUUGUGGUCAAAGAUUCAGUCAAAAGUGCAACUUAAAAGUACAUGAAACAGCCCACACUGGAGACCAACCUUUUUCCUGUUCGUUUUGUGGUAAAAGAUUCAGUCACACGAUUACCUUACACAUUCACGAAAGAAUCCACACGGGAGGAAAACCUUUUUCCUGCUCAGUUUGUGGUCAAAGAUUCUCUCGAAAGCAACACUUGAAUGUACACAGAAGAACCCACACGGGAGAAAAACCUUUUUCCUACUCAGUCUGUGGUCAAAGAUUCGCCCAAAAGCAUCAGGUGAACUUGCACACAAGAACCCACAUGGAAGAAAAAGGUUUUCCUGCUCAGUAUGUGCUCAAACUUUUUGCUCAAUGUAAAUCUAACAUAAUAAUGUUGAGUUCUUAAAAUGGCCAGCACAGUUACAAAGGACCCCCUCCCAGAUUAGUGGCAACGCUGUACGUGUCAAACUAAACUUUUUGCUCGAUGUAAAACUAACAUAAUAAUUGUGACUUUUUGAAAUGACUAUCACAGUUGCAAAAGACCCCCUCCCAGUUAUUUAAUGUCAAUGCUAUACAACUCUCAAACCUUUUGCUCAAUGUAAAACAAUCAUGGUGACUUCUUAAAAUGACCAUCACAGUUACAGCACAGAAUUCACAUUGUAAGUUUUAACUUCAUAUGUGAUAUAACCAGAAGCCCCCCAUUAUUAUUCACAAAAAAAGGCAUGUGUGUGGCUUACCUUUUAGUCAAUGUUGUUAAAAAGCCACGUUGGCGCAAUGUUUAUAAUUUUUCACAACGUCGUCGUAUGGACCCUGCAGAGAAAGCCAUUGUCUGACGCGGGCUCUGUAAGUCUCCCACCGUUUUCGUCUAAAUUCCUACAUGUCUUCGCCCUGAACAGAAAAGAGAUGCAUACAGCGUCGUUUCGAUGUUUUUUGGUCAUAUUUGCUCAUGUCGGAGCUGGAUGCGGUCGACGACAUGUUGUGUGUUUUUGAAACCAUGGCAACAUUUCUUGUCUCCUACUGGUGCACGUGACUUAAAACCACUUCACAAACUGACUGUGCAACUCCACCGUCUCAACAUCACUGCGCCACAGUAAAAAAAAAAAAAAAAAAAAAAGACCGACACAAAAACGCUAAUUAUCAAAAAAUGACUGAAACCAUGAGUGGAAACGUUUUUGGGGUACUAAUUAUCAACCUAUAAAUAAUAUAAAGCAAAGUUAAUGUAGAUCCAUUUGAGUGGAACGAACCAAGACUAUCUCGCUCAGCCAACACAGCCUAUACCUUAUAAAUACAGUGGGGCAAAUAAGUAUUUAGUCAACCACCAAUUGUGCAAGUUCUCCUACUUGAAAAGAUUAGAGAGGCCUGUAAUUGUCAACAUCGGUAAACCUCAACCAUGAGAGACAGAAUGUGGGGAAAAAAACAACAGAAAAUCACAUUGUUUUUUUUAAAGAAUUUAUUUGCAAAUCAUGGUGGAAAAUAAGUAUUUGGUCUAUACCAAAAGUUAAUCUCAAUACUUAAUGUACGCUUUGUUGGCAAUAACGAGGCCAAACGUUUUCUGUAACUCUUCACUCGUCGCUUGCUGUAAAGAAAUCAACUGUGGGAGCAAUUAUUAGAAAAUGGAAGACAUACAAGACCACUGAUAAUCCCCCUCGAUCUGGGGCUCCAUGCAAGAUCUCACCUUAUGGCGUCAAAAUGAUAACAAGAACGGUGAGCAAAAAUCCCAGAAUCACACGGGGGGACCUAGUGAAUGACCUACAGAGAGCUGGGACCACAGUAACAAAGGCUACUAUCAUUAACACAAUGCGCUGCCAGGGACUCAAAUCCUGCACUGCCAGACGUGUCCCCCUGCUGAAGCUAGUACACAUCCAGGCCCGUCUGCGGUUCGCUGGAGAGCAUUUGCAUGAUCCAGAAGAGGACUGGGAGAAUGUGUUAUGGUCAGAUGAAACCAAAAUAGAACUUUUUGGUAGAAAAACAGGUUCUAGUGUUAAACUAUGCUCUCAAUUAUGUGUCUAAUUUACCUGAUUGUGUGCACCUGUGUGGGCGUGGUGAAUAAAUACCCUCCUGCAUGCAGUCAAAGUGUGUGCAGCGAGUGACCAAGCAAGCAGCAGCGUCUCCUUGUCCUCCUUAAACAGUUUGUAUCUACUUUUAUAUUCGGUGCUUCGCUAACUGCAAAGGUACGCUACGUGUACCGCUGUGAGGGUGAACUCUGCCAACAGGUUAU